CGGCGGCUGUGGAGAAGAGCGGUCCGGAGUCGCGUCAUCCCUUGGUGUAGCAGUGGGUUUCGUAGUUUUGUGGGGGUUUUUCGGGGUUCUUGGGCCUCUUUACGACCGUCACCAUGGAGGUGUCGCCGCUGCAGCCUUUAAGUGAAAAUAUGCAAAUGAACAAAAAGAAAAAUGAAGAUGCUAAGAAAAGACUGUCUAUUGAAAGGAUCUAUCAAAAGAAAACACAAUUGGAACAUAUUUUGCUCCGCCCAGACACCUACAUUGGAUCUGUGGAAUUAGUGACCCAGCAUUUGUGGGUUUAUGAUGAAGAAAUUGGCAUUAACUAUAGAGAAGUCACUUUUGUUCCUGGUUUGUACAAAAUCUUUGAUGAGAUUCUAGUUAAUGCUGCCGAUAAUAAGCAAAGGGACCCCAAAAUGUCUUGUAUUAGAGUCACAAUUGACCCGGAAAACAAUUUAAUUAGUAUAUGGAAUAAUGGAAAAGGAAUUCCUGUUGUUGAACAUAAAGUUGAAAAGAUGUAUGUUCCUGCUCUCAUAUUUGGACAUCUCUUAACUUCCAGUAACUAUGACGAUGAUGAAAAGAAAGUAACAGGUGGUCGAAAUGGCUAUGGAGCCAAAUUGUGUAACAUAUUCAGUACCAAAUUUACUGUGGAAACAGCCAGUAGAGAGUACAAGAAAAUGUUCAAACAGACAUGGAUGAAUAACAUGGGGAAAGCUGGUGAGAUGGAGCUCAAGCCCUUUAGUGGAGAAGAUUACACAUGCAUCACCUUCCAGCCUGAUUUAUCCAAGUUCAAAAUGCAAAACCUAGAUAAAGAUAUUGUUGCACUAAUGGUUAGAAGAGCAUAUGAUAUUGCCGGAUCAACUAAAGAUGUCAAAGUCUUUCUUAAUGGAAAUAAGCUUCCAGUGAAAGGAUUCCGUAGCUAUGUGGAUAUGUAUCUGAAGGAUAAGUUAGAUGAAACUGGCAACCCAUUGAAAGUAAUACAUGAACAAGUAAACCACAGAUGGGAAGUGUGCUUAACAAUGAGUGAAAAAGGAUUUCAGCAAAUUAGCUUUGUCAAUAGCAUUGCUACUUCCAAGGGUGGCAGACAUGUUGACUAUGUAGCUGAUCAGAUUGUGAGUAAACUUGUUGAUGUAGUGAAGAAGAAGAACAAGGGUGGUGUUGCAGUAAAAGCACAUCAGGUGAAAAAUCACAUGUGGAUUUUUGUGAAUGCCUUAAUUGAAAACCCAACUUUUGACUCUCAGACAAAAGAAAACAUGACUUUACAAGCCAAGAGCUUUGGGUCAACAUGUCAAUUAAGUGAAAAAUUCAUCAAAGCGGCAACUGGCUGUGGUAUUGUAGAAAGCAUACUAAAUUGGGUGAAGUUUAAGGCCCAAGUCCAGUUAAACAAGAAGUGUUCAGCUGUAAAACAUAACAGAAUCAAAGGAAUUCCAAAACUUGAUGAUGCCAAUGAUAUCAUGGAAAAUGCAGAAAUUAACAAUAUCAUCAAGAUUGUUGGUCUUCAGUAUAAAAAAAACUAUGAAGAUGAAGAUUCAUUGAAGACUCUUCGUUAUGGAAAGAUAAUGAUUAUGACAGAUCAGGACCAAGAUGGUUCCCAUAUCAAAGGUUUGCUAAUUAAUUUUAUUCAUCACAACUGGCCUUCCCUUCUACGACAUCGUUUUCUGGAGGAAUUUAUCACUCCCAUUGUGAAGGUGUCUAAAAACAAGCAAGAAAUGGCAUUCUACAGCCUUCCUGAAUUUGAAGAAUGGAAAAGUUCUACUCCAAAUCAUAAAAAAUGGAAAGUCAAAUAUUACAAAGGUUUGGGCACCAGCACAUCAAAAGAAGCUAAGGAAUACUUUGCAGAUAUGAAAAGACAUCGAAUCCAAUUCAAAUAUUCUGGACCUGAAGAUGAUGCUGCAAUCAGCCUGGCUUUUAGCAAGAAACAGAUAGAUGAUCGAAAGGAAUGGCUAACUAAUUUUAUGGAGGAUAGAAGACAACGGAAGUUACUUGGCCUUCCUGAGGAUUAUUUAUAUGGACAAACUACCACUUAUCUGACAUACAAUGACUUCAUAAACAAGGAACUUAUCCUGUUCUCAAAUUCUGAUAAUGAGAGAUCUAUCCCAUCUAUGGUAGAUGGUUUGAAACCAGGUCAGAGAAAAGUUUUGUUUACUUGUUUCAAACGGAAUGACAAACGAGAGGUAAAGGUUGCCCAGUUAGCUGGGUCAGUGGCAGAAAUGUCCUCUUAUCAUCAUGGUGAGAUGUCAUUAAUGAUGACCAUUAUCAAUUUGGCUCAGAAUUUUGUGGGUAGCAAUAAUUUGAACCUAUUGCAGCCCAUUGGUCAGUUUGGUACCAGGCUGCACGGUGGCAAAGACUCUGCUAGCCCUCGAUACAUCUUUACAAUGCUCAGCCCUUUGGCUCGGUUGUUAUUUCCACCAAAAGAUGACCACACACUAAAGUUCUUAUAUGAUGACAAUCAACGUGUUGAACCUGAAUGGUACAUACCUAUUAUACCUAUGGUGCUAAUAAAUGGUGCUGAAGGCAUCGGAACUGGGUGGUCCUGCAAAAUUCCCAACUUUGAUGUUCGUGAAGUUGUAAAUAACAUCCGGCGUUUGAUGGAUGGAGAAGAACCUUUGCCAAUGCUGCCAAGUUACAAGAACUUCAAGGGUACUAUUGAAGAGCUGGCUUCAAAUCAAUAUGUAAUUAGUGGUGAAGUAGCUAUUCUUAAUUCCACCACCAUUGAAAUCUCAGAGCUUCCUAUCAGAACAUGGACCCAGACAUACAAAGAACAGGUUCUAGAACCCAUGUUGAAUGGCACUGAGAAGACACCCCCUCUCAUCACAGACUAUAGGGAAUAUCAUACAGAUACUACAGUGAAGUUUGUUGUAAAGAUGACUGAAGAAAAACUGGCAGAAGCAGAGAGAGUUGGAUUACACAAAGUCUUUAAACUCCAAACUAGUCUCACCUGCAAUUCUAUGGUACUUUUUGACCAUGUAGGGUGUUUAAAGAAAUAUGACACAGUGUUGGAUAUUCUAAGAGACUUCUUUGAACUCAGGCUCAAAUAUUAUGGAUUAAGAAAAGAAUGGCUACUAGGAAUGCUUGGUGCCGAAUCUGCUAAACUGAACAAUCAGGCUCGCUUUAUCUUAGAAAAAAUAGAUGGAAAAAUUGUCAUUGAAAACAAGCCUAAGAAAGAACUUAUUAAAGUUCUGAUCCAGAGGGGAUAUGAUUCAGAUCCUGUGAAAGCCUGGAAAGAAGCCCAACAAAAGGUUCCAGAUGAGGAAGAAAAUGAAGAAAGUGACAAUGAAAAGAAUGAAUCUGUACCAGAUUCAGGGCCAUCCUUCAACUACCUUCUUGAUAUGCCCCUUUGGUAUCUAACCAAGGAAAAAAAGGAUGAACUAUGUAAACAAAGAAAUGAAAAGGAGCAAGAACUGGAUACAUUAAAGAAAAAGAGUCCAUCAGAUUUAUGGAAAGAAGACUUAGCUGCAUUUAUUGAAGAAUUAGAGGUUGUUGAAGCCAAGGAAAAACAAGAUGAACAAAUAGGGCUUCCUGGAAAAGGAGGGAAAGCCAAGGGGAAGAAAACACAAAUGAUGGAAGUUUUGCCUUCUCCACAAGGAAAAAGAGUCAUUCCCCAAGUGACCAUAGAAAUGAAAGCAGAAGCAGAAAAGAAAAUUAAAAGGAAAAUUAAGAGUGAAAACACUGAGGCUAAGGAGGAUGGGAUGGAAAUAGAAAGCCUAAAAGAAAGAUUGGAGAAGAAACAGAAAAGAGAACCAGGUGCCAAGGCAAAGAAACAAACUACAUUGCCAUUUAAACCUGUCAAAAAAGGAAAGAAGAAAAACCCUUGGUCAGAUUCAGAAUCAGAUAUGAGUAGUACUGAAAGUAAUUUUGAUGUUCCUCCACGAGAAAUAGAGCCACGGAGAGCUGCAACAAAAUCCAAAUUCACAGUGGAUUUGGAUUCAGAUGAAGAUUUUUCAGAUUUUGAUGAAAAAAUUGAAGAUGAAGAUUUUGUCCCAUCGGAUGCUAGUCCACCUAAGACCAAAGCUCCCCCAAAACAUACUGAAAAAGAACUGAAGCCACAGAAAAGUGCCACUUCAGUAGUUAACUUGGAUGAUGCUGAAGAAAAUGUAGCCCCUUCUUCAAGCCUUCCAUCUGCUGACUUACCAGCUAAAAUUGAAAUUCUAACUCAACCUUCUAAAAAGAAUGUGACAGUGAAGAAGACAACAACAAAAAGUCAGUCUUCCACCUCUGUUGCUGGUACCAAAAAAAGGGCAGCUCCCAAAAAAACCAAAACAGAUCCAGCCUUAAAUUCUGAUAACUCUCAAAAGCCUGACCCUGCCAAGAACAAGACUCGCCGCAAAAGGAAGCCAUCCACUUCUGAUGAUUCUGACUCUAAUUUUGAGAAAAUCAUUUCUAAAGCAGCCACAAGCAAGAAACCCAAAGGGGAGACCGAUGAGUUCCUUCUGGACUUUGACUCAGCUGUGGCUCCUCGGGCAAAGUCUGUACGAGCCAAGAAACCUAUCAAGUACCUUGAAGAGUCAGAUGAAGAUGACCUGUUUUAAAAUGUGAAUGGUCUCAUUCCGCCUAAGACUGGUUUUUAAGUUACUUGAAGUUCUUAAUUUCCUCUCCCGAAUACUGUACACAAGACUAACAAAGUAAAGUGAAUAGAGUCCAUAGACCCUUAGCUUCUUAUAUAGUGUACUGUCUAAAUAAUGAUCACCUUGUGAGCAUUAUUUUCUUCUCUACUUUGUCUGUGCUUUCUCUGUUUUCUUUGAUUAAAAUCAGAUUUCAUAUUCUUCUAGACUCAAGUUAUAUGGUCACUUCAGCAAAAAAAAAAAAAUUAUCAAAAUAUUAAGCUAAAACUGGAGCCAUUUUACUUAAGUAUUACUCUGCCUCCUUCCCUGUUUUUACUAAAUAGGAGGUAGCAUAAUUUAUUGUUUCAUCUUAAUUUUAUAGAUAAUAUUCUACCAAGUAGAACUUGAUAGCUUUAGUACAAAUAUUAUUUGUCCUUUUAAGUGAUUUUUGUUUAAACAAUGAGAAAUUGCUCCUAUCCUGAACAUCAUGUGCUGAAGAAAACCACCCUAUGUCUGAAGGAACUUAUAGUCAGCAGUAUUAAGAAAAUUAGACCAGUUGUUUGACUGUCAACUCUUGACUUGUCCCCUUUGCUGCCUUGAGUCCCUGUCUCCCAGAACAGAUUUCUAGAGAAUGUUGAACUCUGAUUUUAAGACCUUUCUAGAUUGGUAUAUGUGUUUCUUGAGUGAUAUUAUCAGUGUUUUUAUAAAUAUUUACUAUGUUUUUCUACUUAGCUUCAUCCUUUUGUAUUUUAAUAAAAAUGUUCCAAGCAUU